AAAGGGUGAAGCAUAGUCGUGAAACAAUGGUGUCGUCUAAGAAACCGAGCAAGGAGAAGAAGCCGAAGAGCGAUGGCGUCAGUAAACCUCGUGGUCGUAAUACGCGCAUCGCCGGUUCCAAGGCCAAUAAGAAGACGCCGAAUAAGGAUAACUCUGGGGACAUUCUGAAGAAGGAGCCGGAGGUUUACGAGAUCUCGGAAUCUUCGAGCAGCGCCUCUGUGGAAGACGCGAGACGCAAUGACCCGAAGAAAAGUAAUGGCGUCGUCGCGACCAAGAGCCGUAACGGGAAGGGCGAAGCGAGGAGGAAAAACGGGGAAGAAGACGACGGCGAAGGCGAUGAUGUAGACGUGAAGACGUUUAGGUUUCCGAUGAAUCGGAUUCGGCGGAUUAUGAGAAGCGAUAAUUCUGCUCCCCAGAUCAUGCAGGACGCCGUUUUUCUUGUCAACAAAGCCACGGAAAUGUUCAUUGGGCGGUUUUCUGAAGAAGCUUAUGAAAGUUCUGUCCAGGACAAAAAGAAGUUCAUCCACUACAAACAUCUCUCAUCUGUAGUGAGUAAGGAGGAGAGAUAUGAGUUCCUUGCGGAUUGUGUUCCUGAGAAACUAAAAGCAGAGGUCGCGUUGGAGGAAUGGGAAAGAGGCGUAACUGAGACUGGCUGAAAUGAAACCGGUUGGAACCGAGCUGAACCGUUGGGAUUUUGUGGCCUUUCCUGGUUAAUUGGUUCCAUCUGCCCAAUCUUCACCUUCCUUUAAUAACCCUUAAUGAGAUUGCACAUAUACUAUUACCAGAACUUUUACAAUUCUUCUUUUAAACUACUGUAGUUCCAGUUUGUAAGAGUUGUCGGAACUAUAAUAUUUUACAUUCGCAGUACAACAAGCAAUUAAGUUGGCUGCGAUUAUUUCUACAAACCAAAGUUAAAAUAUUAGCGAAACCAGCAAAAAUCAAAAUUACGCA